CCAUAAAAACGCAGAAAUAACUGUUUGUACUCUAACUGUGAAGUUAACACGAAAAGAUCGUAAAGAGAAAAAAACAUAAAUUAAACGCCAAGCGAAAAACGACAAAAACACAAGAGACAAUUUUUAGCAAGUGCAAAGGGUACAUAAUCGUAUAAUGGCACCAAUAACCACUGACAAUUGCGAAUUUGAAUGUGAAUCCUCUGUUGAAACAUCCAACGAAACCAUCAUCGAGAACUCUGUUGCCGCUUCCGCCAGUGGCAAUUCCAUUAACGGUUCGCGCAUCAACGAACAAUCGAAUGAAUUGCAUUUGAGCGACGGUCGGGAGCAGGAGGAGCAGGAGCAGGAUGGCCCGCAGGAGCAGAUGCCUUGGGAGGCACCUGGCAAACAGGGACUCUACGAUCCCCAGAAUGAGCACGAGGCCUGCGGCGUUGGCUUCAUUGUGGCCAUCGAUGGCAAACGCUCUCACAAGAUUCUACGUGAUGCCCAGACCCUGUCAGAACGGAUGAAUCAUCGUGGUGCCUGCGCCUGCGACAAUGACACUGGCGACGGUGCUGGCGUCUUGGCCUCCAUUCCUCAUGGACUCUAUGCCAAGUCUUUGGCCAAAGAGGGCAAAACUCUGCCCGAACUUGGUGACUAUGCCACUGGCAUUUUCUACUUGGAUGAGGCGCAGCAUGCGGCUGCCGAAAAGGAGUUUAAUGACCUGGCCCAGAGCCUGGGCCUCGAAGUGAUUGCCUGGCGCACCGUGCCGGCCAAUCAGCAGGCCAUUGGCGUGGUCGCACGCAAAUCGGAGCCACUGUCGCGGCAGGUGUUCGUGCGUCGUCCCGAGGGCUGUGAUGAGAAGGACUUCCAGCGCAAGGUGUUCGUUCUGAGGAAGCGUGCCAGCCAUGAGCUGGCCAAGCCGGGCAGACGCUUCUACAUUUGCUCGCUGUCGGAUCGCACGGUGGUGUACAAGGGUCUGUUCACCUCGGAUCAGUUGUGGGACUACUACACGGACCUCAAGGAUCCAGAGUUUGAGACCUAUCUGGCGCUGGUGCACACGCGCUUCUCCACCAACACUUUCCCCAGCUGGGAGCGUGCCCAUCCGCUGCGGGUGCUCGCCCACAAUGGCGAGAUCAACACGCUGCGCGGCAACGUGAAUCUCAUGAAGGCACGCGAGGGUGUCAUGGAGUCUGAUGCGUUCGGGGAUCAGCUGAAGAAGCUCUAUCCCGUGGUGGAGCCGAAUCUGUCGGACUCGGGCUCCUUUGACUGUGUCCUGGAGUUCAUUACGAUGGCCAGCGAGCGCUCGCUGCCAGAGUCCGUGAUGACCAUGGUGCCGGAGGCGUGGCAGAACGACAAGACGAUGCCGCAGGAGAAGCGUGACUUCUAUCAGUGGGCUGCCUGUGUCAUGGAGCCCUGGGAUGGACCAGCGCUCAUCAGCUUCACCGACGGUCGCUACAUCGGCGCCGUGCUGGACAGGAACGGUCUGCGUCCGUCGCGCUUCUAUGUGACCAAGGAGAACGUGCUCGUGAUGGCCUCCGAGGUGGGCGUGUACGAUGUGGACCCAUCGCAGGUGACACUGAAGAGCCGCCUCAAGCCCGGACGCAUGCUGCUGGUGGACACCAAGGAGAAGAAGCUCAUCCAGGACAUUGAACUGAAGCAGCACAUCUCCAAGUCGCGUCCCCAUUCCGAGUGGCUGCAGCAGAAGAUGAUCACUUUGGAUGAGAUACGCAAUGCCAAUAUGUUGAAUGCGCUGCCAGUGGAAGAUCUCUCCAAGUUGCCGGCUUCGCAGCGUGGCAUCUUCGAUCCGCGGCUGUCGCUUUUCGGCUACACCACAGAGACGGUGAACAUGCUGCUGAUUCCCAUGUUUAAGAACAAAAAGGAGGCUUUGGGCUCCAUGGGCAACGAUUCGCCACUGGCCUGCCUGUCCAACUUUCAGCCGGUGGCCUAUGAAUACUUCAAGCAAUUGUUUGCCCAAGUGACCAAUCCCCCGAUCGAUCCAUUCCGCGAGAAGGUGGUCAUGUCCAUGCAGUGUCCGCUGGGGCCGGAGGCCAAUCUGUUGCAGCCAUCCGCCCAGCAGGUGCACCGCAUUUGGCUCACCAAUCCCAUACUGAGCAUUCCAGACACCCAGCUCCUGAAGCGGAACACGCACCGCGGCUGGAAGACCAAAGUCCUGGACAUUACAUUCCAGUUCAGCGACGGCGUACCGGGCUACCUCGAGUGCAUCGAGCGCGUCUGUCGCGAGGGCUACAAUGCCGCCCAAGCGGGCUACCAGCUGAUCGUGAUCUCCGAUCGCAAUGCCGGCUCCAAUGGCAUGACUGCCGUCUCGGCUCUGCUCGCCUUGGGUGCACUGCAUCAUCAUCUGAUUGAGACGCUGCAGCGCAUGAAGGUCGGCAUUAUUGUGGAGACAGCGGAGGCCCGUGAGGUGCAUCACAUUUGUGUGCUGCUCGGCUACGGCGCCGAUGCCAUUUGUCCCUAUUUGGCCUUUGAGCUGGCUGAGGCACUGCGCGAUGAUGGUGUCAUCGGGCAUGAGGUGACGGACAAGCAGAUCUACGCCGCCUAUGCCCAGGCCAUUGACACGGGCAUUGCCAAGGUGAUGGCCAAGAUGGGCAUCAGCACGCUGCAGUCGUACAAGAGCGCCCAGAUCUUUGAGGCUGUGGGCUUGGGCAUUGAUCUGGUGGCCAAAUGCUUCCGCGGCACUCAGUCGCGCAUCGGUGGCGUCACCCUGGAGAUGCUCGCCAAGGAGGGACUCGAACGCUAUCAGCUGACAUACUGCAAGAUCUCGCCGGACACACGCAUCCUGCGCAAUCCCGGACACUACCACUGGCGCCACGGUGGCGAGGCGCACAUCAACGAGCCCUCGUCCAUUGGCAGCCUGCAGGAGGCGGCUGUCAACAAGAAUCUGGAUGCCUUCGAGGCCUUCAAGAAGACCACGCUGGACAGCGUGAAGAAGUGCGCGCUGCGCGGACAGCUGGACUUUGUCAACGAUCGACAGAAGAUUGAGCUGUCCGAAGUGGAGCCAGCCAGUGAGAUUGUCAAGCGCUUUGCCACUGGUGCCAUGAGCUUUGGCAGCAUCUCCUUGGAGGCACAUCAGACGCUGGCCGUCACCAUGAAUCGCAUUGGUGGCAAGAGCAACACGGGCGAGGGCGGCGAAGACUCUGAUCGUUAUUUGAAUCAAGAUCCCAAUCAUAGUCGCCGUUCGGCCAUCAAGCAGGUGGCUUCGGGACGCUUUGGCGUCACAGCCUCGUAUCUGGCAAAUGCCGAUGAUUUGCAGAUCAAAAUGGCCCAAGGCGCCAAGCCCGGCGAGGGCGGUGAGCUGCCCGGCUAUAAGGUGACCAAAGAUAUAGCCAAGACGCGCAAGUCGGUGCCAGGUGUGGGCUUGAUCUCACCACCGCCGCACCACGACAUCUAUUCGAUUGAGGAUCUGGCUGAGUUGAUUUACGAUCUAAAAUGCUCCAAUCCGAAUGCGAGGAUCAGUGUGAAACUCGUCUCGGAAGUGGGCGUUGGCGUGGUGGCCUCGGGAGUUGCUAAGGGCAAAGCCGAACACAUUGUUAUCUCUGGCCAUGAUGGCGGCACUGGUGCCAGCUCCUGGACGGGCAUCAAGAAUGCCGGCAUGCCCUGGGAACUGGGCAUUGCAGAGACGCAUCAAGUGCUGGUUUUGAAUAAUCUACGUUCACGCGUAAUUGUCCAAGCGGAUGGACAGCUGCGCACUGGCUUCGAUGUGGUUGUGGCCGCGCUGCUGGGCGCUGAUGAAUUUGGCUUCAGCACAGCGCCCUUGAUUGUGAUGGGUUGCACCAUGAUGCGCAAAUGUCAUUUGAAUACCUGCCCCGUGGGCAUUGCCACACAGGAUCCUGAGCUGCGCAAGAAGUUCACUGGCAAACCCGAGCAUGUCAUCAACUUUUUCUUUAUGCUGGCGGAAGAUAUUCGCAAAAUCAUGGAACUGGGCAUCAGCAAAUUCCAAGAUCUGAUCGGACGCACCGAUCUCUUGCGCGUGGCCAGUCAGCGUGACGCCAAGGGCAGCAAUUUGGAUUUGAAGCUGCUGCUGCAGCCAGCGCUGGAGCUGCGCCCCGGCACCAACAUUGUCGGUGGCUCUGUGAAGCAGGAUUUCCAGCUGGAGAAGCGCAUGGACAACGAGCUGAUUGCCAAGGCGCAGCAGAUUUUCAAUGGCUCCGAUGACAAUGUCACCGUCAAGAUGCGCAUCCACAACGAAGCGCGUGCCUUUGGCUCAACGCUCAGCUAUCAUAUUGCUUGUAAAUAUGGUGAAGCUGGUUUGCCCGCUGGCAAGAGCAUUGACAUCUUCCUUGAGGGCUCCGCUGGCCAGAGCUUCUGCGCGUUCCUCGCACGCGGCGUCAACGUCACGCUGAAGGGCGAUGCCAACGAUUAUGUGGGCAAGGGCUUGUGCGGCGGCAAUGUGGUCAUCUCGCCACAGGACACGGCUACCUUUGAGUCCCACUUGAAUGUGAUUGUGGGCAAUGUGUGCCUGUAUGGCGCCACCGAGGGCACAGCCUUCUUCCGUGGCAUUGCCGCUGAGCGUUUCUGUGUGCGCAAUUCGGGCGUCACCGCCGUCGUCGAGGGUGUGGGCGAUCAUGGCUGCGAGUACAUGACGGGUGGACUUGUGGUCAUCCUCGGUCUUACCGGACGCAACUUUGCCGCUGGCAUGUCGGGCGGCAUUGCCUAUGUCUAUGACAUUGAUGGCUCCUUCAAGCCCAAAGUGAAUCCGGAGAGCGUUGAGCUGCUGCCCCUAGAGCUAGCGGAUGAUGUGCAAAUUGUCAAGAAACUGCUGGCGGAUUUCAUAGAGAAAACGGGCUCGAAGGUGGCCAAGGAGUUGCUGGACAACUGGGCCACAUCGCAGGCAAAGUUCGUCAAAGUCUUCCCCUACGAGUACCAAAAGGCGCUGCAGGACAUGGCCGAGCAGCAGGCGGCAGAGCAGCCGCUGAAGACGGCCGUGGCAGCCAUCGAGAAUGGCAAUGGCAAGCAUGAGCCGCACAUUAAGGACAUCGAGGAGUCCAUACAGGAUGUGGCACUGGAGCAGAAGCGUGCCGAUCGUGUGCUGGACAAGACGCGCGGCUUUGUCAAGUACAAGCGGGAGACGGCGCCGUAUCGCGAUGCCGCCGAUCGGCAGCAGGACUGGAACGAGGUCUACAACUUCCCGCAUGUGCGCAAGAACCUCAAGGUGCAGGCCGCUCGCUGCAUGGAGUGCGGCGUGCCCUUCUGCCAGUCCAACUCCACGGGCUGUCCGCUGGGCAACAUCAUACCCAAGUGGAACGAUCUGAUCUUUCAUGGCGAGUGGCAGGAGGCACUGCGCCAGCUGCUGCAAACGAACAACUUCCCCGAGUUUACGGGUCGCGUUUGUCCCGCACCCUGCGAGGGCUCCUGUGUCCUGGGCAUCUCGGAGCCGGCUGUGACGAUCAAGAACAUCGAAUGCGCCAUCAUUGAUCAUGCCUUCGAGCAGGGCUGGAUCAAGGCGGAGAUCCCGGAAGUGCGCACCGGCAAGCGUGUGGCCAUUGUGGGCUCUGGUCCCUCGGGACUGGCUGCCUCGCAGCAGCUGAAUCGCGCCGGGCACUUUGUGACCGUGUUCGAGCGCAACGAUCGUGUCGGUGGGCUGCUGCAGUAUGGCAUACCCACCAUGAAGCUGUCCAAGGAGGUGGUCAAGCGUCGCGUGGACCUCAUGGCCGACGAGGGCAUCGAAUUCCGCACCAAUGUGCAUGUGGGCAAGGAUCUCAAGGCCGAGCAGCUGCUGAAUGAAUACGAUGCUGUGCUGCUGACUACGGGUUCCACUUGGCCGCGUGAUCUGCCGCUGGCUAAUCGUGACCUGAAGGGCAUACACUUUGCCAUGGAGUUCCUCGAGGCGCAGCAAAAGAAACAGCUGGGCGGCAAGAAGGACAUCAUCUCCGCGGCCGGCAAGGAUGUGAUCAUCAUUGGCGGUGGCGACACUGGCUGCGAUUGCAUUGCCACAUCGUUGCGGCAGGGGGCCAAGAGCAUCACCAGCUUUGAGAUCCUCCCAGAGCCGCCACUGAAGCGCGCCGAGGACAAUCCCUGGCCGCAGUGGCCCAAGGUCUUCCGCGUCGAUUACGGCCACGAGGAGGUCAAGCUCAAGUGGGGCAAGGAUCCGCGUCAGUAUUGCACCACCACCAAGGAGUUUAUCGGCGAGAAUGGUCACAUCAAGGGCGUCAAUACCGUCGAGGUUGAGUGGACCAAGACGGAGACGGGCCAGUGGCGCAUGCAGGAGGUGGCCGGCUCUGAGAAGUACUUUGCCGCCGAUCUGAUACUGUUGGCCAUGGGCUUCCUGGGACCCGAGAAGACCGUGUCCACGGAGCUGGGCCUCGAGCUGGAUCCUCGUGGCAAUAUCAAGGCCACCAAUGGACAGUAUGGCACCUCCAAUGGCAAGGUCUUUGCUGCGGGCGAUUGCCGCCGUGGACAGUCGCUGGUCGUCUGGGCCAUCACCGAGGGUCGCCAGGCAGCACGUCAAGUGGAUUCCUAUCUAACUGGUCGCAUCAGUGGCCUGCCAGGACCCGGCGGCGUCAUCAGAACCUCGUAAGAAGGAGCAGCAGCAGCAACAGCAGCAGUCAAUAUCAAGUUUUGUGUGCGUGCAUCGUCCCUUAGCCUAGAGAGAAAUUCUAUAUACCGAUUGCAAUUUGUGAUUUUUAUUUUCGCGAUUUUAGUUUAGUUAACACUAAAAACAA